AUGAACAUGCAAUGUAAUAAAACUAACCCAACGUGCGAAAUUUCAAGCGUAAAGGACUUUUUACGAAACAUAUGCCUGGACCAGGAGGAUAAAAUUGUACAAAAUCUGGAGCUCAGAAAUGUAAAAACCGUGUACGAUUUUUUACGCCACGUUUCGUACCUUACGGUCACGAGUUGCACUGGUAUGAACAAUGACGAAAAUGUGGACAUAACUAGCCAAUCGAAUGUGAAAUUUGCGAGUGCGCAUGAAAGUAUUUUCCAGAAUGGGGUCAGUGUAAAUGGCAAAUUGACGCAGCAAUUGGCGCAGCAUAAUGGGGAUGGGGGCAACCCCGGGGAGGCGCAGCUGUGUAAUGGUCACACCUCUGCGGGUAGGGAAAAGGGCGACAGGUGUAACGGGGUGCAGAGGAAUGGGCCUCAAGGGGGGGGGAAGCUCGACAACGGGGUGAGCGGCAUCGGAGUGAGCAGCAACGGGGUGAGCAGCAACGGAAUGGACGGUAGCGCUGGAAGGGACGACCCCGCCGCGCACAGCGAAUCGACCCAGGCGUGCAAGGAAAUCGCGGCCAUGCGGGACUACUACGAGCAGGCGAGGGAGAAGCGAAGCGGCGCGGAGAAAAAGGGGGAGUACGUCUACUUUGACAUGUACAUAAAGUCAGAAGUGAUUAAAACGCUUCCCACGACGGACAGGGACAAGGAAAGGUUGAUAAAUUACAUCUACAAAGUGAUGGACGUAAACGACCUCCUGAUGAUGUGCAUCCAUUUCGGUCUGCCCCAUUUGUGGCCCAAAUUUGAACAGAGCAACAUUCGAAAUGUAGAAUUGUUCAAGCGCAUAAUCAUAGAGGGGAGGAAGUUCGAAAGGGUAAAGAACGAAAUGGGAAUCUCCUUCUCCGAAUUUGUACAAAUCGUUAACUUUACUUUAAGUGUAAAAAAGAAGAGAAUUUUCUGCAACAACAUUUUUAGCCAAUUCGACCCAUGUGAUUGUAAAAAUAAAAAAAAACACACCAAAACGAUAUGCGACAAAAUACACCAGUUUAUUGAGUUUGACAAUUGGACGUUUAAGAAUAUUAUUGAUAAUCCUUUUUUCCAAAGAUUACGAAAUUUAUCUCAGUUAGGUGUUUGCCAGUUUGUGUACCCUGGAGCUACACACACCAGAUUUGAGCACAGCUUAGGAGUUGGCUAUUUGUCUGCAAAAUAUUUCGCCCAUUUGUGUAAUCGGUACAAUUUAUCUCCAUACAGUGGUGAAUUAAAUAAAAUGCUUCGCUGUGUGCAGAUAGCAGGUCUUUGUCACGACUUGGGACAUGGCCCAUUCAGUCAUACCUUCGAAAGCUUCUUCAUGAAUUAUAAAAAAGAAGAAACGGAUCAUAAAUGGAACCAUGCAUCUAUGUCUCUCAAAAUUGUCGAACAUGUUAUUGAAAAUUUGAUAGACCAGGAUGAUGUGCUAGACUCCACGGAUAUUAAAAUUAUAAAAAAGUUAAUAAAGGGGAGGGAACACCACAAAUCGGUUUGUGGGGUAGACCCGGUGGAUUCUUUGAUAGAAGCUUCAUACGACAUUAUAUGUAACAAUAGGAAUGGAUUAGAUGCGGACAAAUUUGAUUAUCUCCAGAGAGAUGCAACUAUUGCCCCCCCAAAUGGGACACUCCCAUCUCUAAAUUGCAAUCGAAUUAUUAGCCAAAGUUCUGUUAUUAAUGGGCACAUAACAUACAACGUUAAGGAGAUUCACCCUGUUUGGACUGUUUACAUGAACAGAUUUUCUCUAUUCAAACAGGUGUAUACCCAUAGGAAGGUCCGAGUCAUGGAGCUCAUGCUGUGUGAUGGCUUUCGACUCGCAGAUGAUAUUUUCAAGUGGUCAGAAUCUUUGCACGAUUUGGAUGCCUUUCUAGACUUAACCGAUUCGUCCAUAAUUUAUGACAUCAAGAAAAGGGCGAAUAAACACAAGUACGAUGAGAAGGUGCAGAAAUCGCUCAACCUGAUUAACUCCGUUAUACAUGAUAGGAACUCCAACCAUGCCUACAAGUACAUUUCAGAAAUUAACCUUUCGGAACCGCAACUCAUUAAGUACUUGAAGGAUAUAGCAAAUGAGGAGAGGAUAGCCAGAUACGCUCAUGGACUUAGUCCGGAUGAUAUCAUCAUCGACUGGAACUAUUUGAACUACGGAAUGGGUGCAAACGAUCCGCUAGACUCGGUUUAUUUCUACAGCUCGGAUAAUGAGGAUGAGGCUUUCAUUGCGCAUAAGGAGUAUAGGGGCACGCACCCGAGGUACUUCGAAGAGUGCAACGUGAGGCUAUACUGUAAAAAUAAAAUGGUGGCUCAUUUGGCCAAGGACGCGCAUAACAAGUUCUUGUCGGACGUCUUCUCGGAAUCCUCGCCCCUCUACAAGAAGAAGAUAGUCAAGUGA